ACUUCAACGGAGACAUCAGUUGGCCCAUAUUUCUUCAAAUUCAGACCUUCAACCUAGAUGGCCAGACGCCUCUUUCGGUGAAGUUGAGUUUGAACUAGCCUGGACCAGCUUCCUUUCUGAACCUGAAGCUGAAGGCAAGGACCCUGAACCUGAUAAAGAGGCCCUGAAGCUGAAAUGAAGGCAGAAGGCAUUAUUUAAUGCAGAUAAAAUGGCGAUUUCUCAUGCGACAAGCAGAUUUUCCCGUGUACAACUACAAACUACGAUGUAGUUGAUGACUGUCUCUAUCGACUGCUGCACAGUGAAUGCUCGAUUAAUCCCCUGCUCCCAAGUCCCAAGUCCCAACCAUCGAAGUACAUUCAUUCAAGCUUGUCUGAGAGGGGGACGCUAGAAAAAACAAAGAGCGGAUAGCGUGCGGAAGAAUGGGCGGCAAGAAGAAGAGUGACUUGACGCAGCAGCAAAAUGAGGAGGGCAACACCGCCAUCGGAGGCAGCGCCGGCGGCGAUGGUGAUGGAGCAGCGGCACCAGCGGAGCCUCAAGAUGAGGCUGUGGCUGGGGUAGUGGAGCAAGAGGAGGAAGAGAACGACGAGGAGGUAGAAGAGGAAGAGGAGGGCGGUGAGGAAGGUGCUAAGGGAGGAGUAGAAGCUGAGCGGCCCAAGCUCGCUGAUGGCUUUUACGAGAUUGAAGACGUCAGGAGGAAAAGGGUUCGUAAGGGGCAAACCCAAUAUCUCAUCAAAUGGCGUGGUUGGCCGGAGACAGCAAAUACCUGGGAACCUUUGGAGAAUCUGCAAUCCUGUUCCGACGUUAUCGAAGCAUUUGAAGAGAGUCUGCGUUCGGGCAGGAGUCGUUCUUCUCGUAAGCGUAAAAGGAAGUAUGGAGGUCCUCAUACUCAGCCCAAGAGGAAGCAGCGUGUGGGUGUUCUACCUGGUCUUAAGUUCAGCGGUGAACCUCCACCUCUGCCCUCGGAUCCUCUUAACAAGUCAAACCUUGGCAGUCCUACGCCUCCUGCUGCUGAUGGAACAGAAGCGGGUGAAACAAGCCAAGGAAAGCAUUCCAGGGAUGAGGGAAAGAAGCAAGGAGAUGCCAUGAAUGUGGCGGGGACUGAGCGCCCAACUAAUAAUGGAUCUGCAAACAUCUCCAUUGAACCUAAACUAAACAAAGAAGUAAAUGAAGCUGAUCCUAAAUUGAGUGAGCUUAAAGGAACAAUGCCUCCAGAUGAAGCAAAUGCUAGGAAGUUAUCAAUAAGUUUCUCUGAUACCAAGAAUACUGAGGAAGAUGAUCUUAUGAAUGGGAUUUCAAAAGUUGAGUCUGUGGAGCCUGCUCAGAGCAGUCGUUUCACGGGUGCUAAGAAGAGGAAGUCUGGGUCUGUAAGGAGGUUUAAACAGGAUUCAGCCUCAGGUGAACCUGAUGAUGCUCAAAAUCCGAUGGCAAGAAGCACACUUGAAUCUCGUGAUAGAGUUGAACCACCAGGGAUGGAUGAUGCCGAGUCCAUGGGGGAUGAUGUGGGUAACAAGAACAAGUUAGACGAUUCAACAAAUCCAUAUUCUAUUACAAAGAUCAUCAAACCUAUUGGAUAUUCAGCUUCCAUAUUGAACGAUACCCAAGAUGUGUUGGUAACUUUCUUGGCAAUGAGGUCAGAUGGUAAAGAAGUGGUGGUGGAUAGCAAAUUUCUGAAGACAAAUAAUCCCCUCCUGUUAAUAAGCUUCUAUGAGCAGCAUCUCCGCUAUACUCCUACAUGAAACAAUAUACUCAUAAGUUUCAGGACACUUGAAGGAGGCUUUACAGAAGUGCUCUAUUGGCUGGAAGGUCACAAUUAAUAGUCUACCGGCAGGCCAAGUUUUGUUUAUCUGCAUGUGUGCUUCUUAAGGUGCCUCCUGUGCAGUACUGUUUUGCUAUACCAUAAUUAGAAACCUACUCAAACUUACACAAGUUUCAUCAGUGAUGCACUUCAUCCCUGGUGGCUACUUUUGUUGUAAUAUGUUCCUUGGCUUUUGCCUUCUUGUAUUCCAUAGUUUUGAUUAUUCCCAUUAAACUGGGAUAAAUCUUCAUGACGAUUGUCAUCCUCAACUAUGUAGACUUUAUCAUGAGCCUUAAUACCGUUCUACAUGGGAAAUAAGAUCUCAUGGAGGUUCAAUUAUGUCCCUUGAGAACUUGAAGGAGAGGAAAAAUAGGAUAUUUGAAUUGAAAUGCAUUUCUAAGGAAGCCUUGGGAAAUAGAGAGAACAAUGAGAUCAGCAGUGUCUCAUUUUGAAGGAA